CCGGGGCAACCGGGCGGCUCCACACGCGCUGAGCCUGCCGGCCCCCACGCGCGGCCCAUGUCCUCCGCGCCGCGCUCGCCCACCCCGCGGCCCCGCAGGAUGAAGAAGGACGAGUCGUUCCUGGGCAAGCUGGGCGGCACCCUGGCCAGGAAGCGGAGGGCGCGCGAGGUGAGUGACCUGCAGGAAGAAGGGAAGAAUGCCAUCAACUCGCCGAUGUCCCCUGCCCUGGCGGAUGUUCACCCUGAAGACACCCAGCUCGAGGAGAACGAGGAGCGCACGAUGAUUGACCCCACCUCCAAGGAUGACCCCAAGUUCAAGGAACUGGUCAAGGUCCUCCUCAACUGGAUUAACGAUGUGCUGGUGGAGGAGAGGAUCAUUGUCAAGCAGCUGGAAGAAGACCUGUACGAUGGCCAAGUGCUGCAGAAGCUCUUGGAAAAACUGGCAGGAUGCAAGCUGAAUGUGGCUGAGGUGACACAGUCAGAAAUAGGGCAGAAACAGAAGCUGCAGACGGUGCUGGAAACAGUACAUGACCUGCUGCGACCCCGUGGCUGGGCGCUCCGGUGGAGUGUGGACUCGAUUCACGGGAAGAACCUGGUGGCCAUCCUCCACCUGCUAGUUUCCCUGGCCAUGCACUUCAGGGCCCCCAUCCGCCUUCCUGAGCAUGUGACCGUGCAGGUGGUGGUGGUUCGGAAGCGGGAAGGCCUGCUGCAUUCCAGCCACAUCUCUGAGGAGCUGACCACAACCACAGAGAUGAUGAUGGGCCGGUUCGAGCGGGACGCCUUCGACACGCUCUUCGACCACGCCCCGGACAAGCUCAGCGUGGUGAAGAAGUCUCUCAUCACUUUUGUGAACAAGCACCUGAACAAGCUGAACCUGGAGGUGACGGAACUGGAGACCCAGUUUGCAGAUGGCGUAUACCUGGUUCUGCUCAUGGGCCUUCUGGAAGACUACUUUGUUCCCCUCCACAACUUCUACCUGACUCCGGAAAGCUUCGAUCAGAAGGUCCAUAAUGUAUCCUUCGCCUUUGAGCUGAUGCUGGACGGAGGCCUCAAGAAACCCAAGGCUCGCCCUGAAGACGUGGUGAACUUGGACCUGAAAUCCACACUGAGGGUUCUUUACAACCUGUUCACCAAGUACAAGAAUGUGGAGUGACGGGGGAGCUGCGGACGGAGGCAGGAGUGCUCCGGCAGGAAAAGCAGCGUCUGUCUGUGCCCCGUGCCUUUCCAGGGAGGCAGACGCCUUGGGCUUCUGGUCCCAGCUGUGUGACUGUCAUCCCCACCGCACCCUUACCCCCCUCUACCCUUACUCCACCCCCCAACCCCCCCCCC